AUGAGAAGAGGAGGAGUAGGAGUAGGAUUGGGAACUGGAUCGUCGAAGAGAACGCGCGGAGGCGAUGGUGGCAACGCGGUAACAACAAUUUCACGGGGCAAAAAAAAAGAUGGCAACGUCUUGGAGAUGUUUAAGAAAACGAAAACGAAAUCAAUGUUGUUGUUGGAAAAAACGAAAUCGUCCAAAAUCAUCAUCAUCAACGACAAAGAGAACAACGAGGACGACGAUGAGGUGAUUGUUUUAGACAACUCGGACGAGGACGACGACUCCCCGGACGACGUCAGAGAGAAUCGACGCCGAAAGUCGCUUCGCGUGCAAACGUCGCAGCAGCAAAAACAGCGGCAAAAAGAAGAAGAAGAAGAGGAUAUCGCUUUGACCAGCGACGAGGAGAUUGAAGACGAGACUACUAACGAUAAAAAGGACACGAUGAGAAGAGAGCCGGUACCGCAUGAAGAAGUCUCGUCUGGGUCGGACAUUGAAUCUCCAGAAACGCUGAGAAGAAAGAGACAGAAGAAGAGUCAACAUUUUAUGAAAUCGAACAACGACGAACGACGCGAACGCGAAGAGCGAGAGCGCAUAGAAAACGCGAAAGCGAUGAUGGCGAUGGAGAACAUCAACAGCGCGAAUAAUUUAGGAGGGUCGAUGGCGUGGACGAGAGAAAAUGGGAGAGGGAGAGCGACUGCGCCGCCGAUGGUUGGUGUAGGGAACGGACAGUUUGUCAGAGGGGAGAUGUUGGCGACCAUCGCGAACGGCGGGCAAAGGGAAACGCGAAAGCUGGCACCCACGCACAAUACGAACGCAAAAGAAGAAGAAGAAGAAGAAGAAGAAGAAGAACGACACCAACCGGCGAAGAAGAAGAUAAAGCGAUCGGUAGCGGUAGCAGCAGUAAUAGAAGACGUAGAAACUAUAGAUGACGUCGACGAUGUUCCGACAUUCGCCAGACCAAGGAUGCAAACGACGAAUAGAAUAAUCGCGAGAACGACGACAUUCGCAAACAACAACAUGAACGCCAUGGCUAGCGUUCGAACCUCGAACAAGGAUACGGACAUGCUCGACGCGGCAAACUACUACAUAUUUGGCAACGAGAGCUUUCGACCAAACCAAAGAGAAAUUUGCGAAGCGUGUGUGGCAAACGAGGAUGUGUUCGUGUUGAUGCCCACUGGCGGCGGGAAAACUCUGUGUUACGCGCUGCCGGCGGUAUGUAGCGAAGGCGUGACGAUUGUCUUUUCACCUCUCGUGAGUUUAGUACAAGACCAAGUGAAGAAGCUCGUCUACGAGUUUGACAUCCCAUCCGUCGCACUGCUGGGUUCCGCGGGAGAAGGCGAGACGAAGAGCGUUUUGCGAGAGCUUUACAAAGAAAACCCGACGAUUAAGUUACUCUACGUGACGCCGGAGAAAUUCCAAGCGUCGCCGUCCUUGCGCAACGCGUUUCAGAGCUUAUUCGAGAAAGGCAAACUGGCGAGAUUUGUGGUGGACGAAGCGCACUGCGUUUCCUCUUGGGGUCACGAUUUUCGUCCGGAUUACAAAAAACUGAGCGAGUUGAAGAAACUCUUUCCGAGUGUCCCGUUAACCGGGUUAACUGCCACCGCGACGGACAAAGCCAGAGACGACGUGUUGAAGAUUUUAAAAAUUACGAAAACUGCCAAGAAGUUUGUCACUUCGUUCAACCGAGCAAACAUCGAAUUCGAAGUCAAAGCAAAGGGUGAUUUAGCCGACGACGAUAAGUUUGCCAAGUGGAUCGCGCGAACGUUCGGUAAAAACGAUAACGGCAUCGUCUAUUGCCUCUCGAGAGACGACUGCGUGAAAGUCGCCCAAGCGUUGAACAGCGAAAAGAGAAAGAACCCGGAAACCGCCCCUUCUGCGGUACCCUACCACGCUGGAAUGACGGAAAAAGCCCGUCGGGAAGCGCAAGACGAUUGGACGAAAGGUAAAGUGAGCGUGUGCGUCGCCACGAUCGCAUUUGGGAUGGGCAUCGAUAAAGCGAACGUUCGAUGGGUUGUUCACCAUUCGCCGCCGAAAACGUUGGAAGGUUUGUACCAAGAAAUCGGUCGGGCCGGACGAGACGGGUUGAAGGCGCGAGGUGUGUCUUUAUACUCUCACCAAGACCUGGGACGCGUUGAAAGAUUACUCAAAAUGCCGCAAAAAAGUAAAGGUGGGCAAAGUAAGGCCGCUCGAUUGGAAAAAGCGCUGCCUUUGUUGCAAAAAGUCAAAGACUACAUGGAAGACCGGCAGACGUGUCGACGAGUCGCUUUGUUGUCGUACCUCGGUGAAACGUCGUUCACACAUAACGCAUGCGGAGGCACGUGCGAUAACUGUCGCCGUCGUUUAAUGCGUCACCAAGGAGGCAGCGAAGCGAAUAAAGCGAGACACGAAGACUUGGUAUUCUUCGAAGAUCUCGAGUACAAACGACCGAGAGCGGCGUCUGCCGCUGGAGGUAAGGGUAAAAAAAAACGGACGAAGUACGCCUCGAAGACCAAGAAAGGAAAGAAGAACGCGGCGUCAAAACCGAAAGGUGGUGGUGGUGGAAAUUUGUUUCAAAACGCGAGCGGAGGCAUGUUUCGAGUACGAUCGUAA